CUCUCUUAUCUCCCUCUGGUUGGGACGUAAAAACACAACAUAACACAAGCCUUGCCUUGUUUCUUCUCUUUUGUCUGCUAAAAGCCUCCUCUCCUGUUACACACAUACACACACAGUGAGAGGUAGGUUUGCAGUUGGCAAAAGCUUAUGGGAAAGAAGCUUGCUGCAUUUCUUGGACGAGGCUUCAAGCCUUCCAAGUUCAAAUCACUAGUCACUCUUGCCAUUUCUCGUCUUGCUGUUUUCAAGAACCAGCGUCAGAUUCGCUGCAACCAAGCUCGUUCCGAUGUUGUACAGCUCCUUCAACUUUCCCAUCAUGAUCGGGCUCUUCUUAGAGUUGACCAGGUGAUCAAGGAGCAAAACAUGUUGGAUGUCUUUGUUAUACUUGAAGGGUAUUGUAAUCUCGUUAUUGAACGACUCCAUCUCAUUGAGCAGGACAGGUUAUGUUUCUCCAUCAUUUCCUUGUUUUUUCCUUGUCGGGUUUUCAAGUUUCUUGAUAAUCCUCUCUUUGUGUUCUGUUGCAGAGUGUGCCCUGACGAGCUCAAGGAGGCUAUAACCGGCUUGCUCUUUGCAUCUUCAAGGUGUGGGGAUUUUCCCGAGCUUCUAGAGAUUCGUGCUGUUUUUACAUCUCACUACGGCAAAGAAUUCGCUGCUCGUGCAAUCGAGCUGCGCAACAAUUGUGGAGUGAACGCUAAGAUUAUACAGAAGCUGUCAACCAGACAACCAGACUUGCAGAGCAGAAGGAAUGUGCUCAACCAGAUUGCUGCCGAGUACGGCAUUGCUUUACAACUCGAGGAAACCACUGAUUCCAGCGAGGGAAAUCUGGAUGUAAGCAAGAAGCAGGAGACAUCAGUUAAGGCAAGUCAUGAUGCAGGAGAUGAUGAUGAGUUCUCUGAUUCAACAAAAACAAGGAGAAAAUACAGGGAUGUAGCUGAUGCAGCUCAAGCAGCCUUUGAGUCAGCUGCCUAUGCAGCAGCAGCUGCAAGAGCAGCUGUGGAACUCUCUCGGUCUGAUUCCUAUGAUCCUGAUGAUCAGAAUGGUCCCAAUACUCGACAGAACACAGUGUCUGACAAACAAGAAGCAAAUUCUAAAGAUAUGGAAAAUCAUGGCAGUCAAGCAGUGGAGUUGAAUCAUACCAAGAAGACACCAGAAAUCAAGAUGUCUAGUCCUUCUUCAAGUGAAGGAUCAGCAGAGGGAAUCAUAGACCUUAGGACAAUGUCAUUCAAUGAAGUGGACCCACUCAAGCUAUUGGAGAAGGAAGUGGUUAUUUAUGAGAGUGAUGAUGAUAAAUAUGAUUCCCGUCGUUCAAGUUUUGAUUUGAAUGCAAGGAAGCUUAAAGGCAAGGUCCUAAAUACAGAUAAUGGUGGUGAGCACUCAGAAAAGAAACUUGACUGAUAUUUCCUUCAAGCUUUCAUGUUGGCUUGAAGGUGGAGACUCGACCUGAAAACCCACUGCACACAUGGAUGAAAGGUAAACGACACUUUACCAUAAAUAAGGGGAUGUUUUCUUCGAGGACUUGGACCAAGUGACAGGAUAUUGAGGAGCGCGAAUAAAUUAAAUGUUUGUAAGUUCCAUGGAGUUGCAAAUAUAGCUUUAGUUGAGUGUAUAAGUUGGUUUUGGUCUUUGAUAUUUCUUUUGUUAUUUUUAAUCAGAUGUAAACUUAAUGUAAAAUAUUUUAGAAUGAUUCUUUUUGUGAAGCCUAAUUAUUUUGUUAUACUA